AUGCACCCAGCUGCCGUCUCUUUCAAACUCCCCACUCUACCCAAAGCCUCACAAAAACCCGAUGAAGAUGAAGAAGAGUACAACGAGGGCCUACUUGCUGCCAGGGAGAGUUCCGACUUGGCCACGGCUUCUUUGGCACUUGGACGCCUCUCUUCCGACAAGCGACAUUGCACGAGCACUUCCUCGAGGCUACUGAAACGCAUAGGACUGUUAUCUUUCUACCUAGUCAUCUUGCUUCUUGCGCUAAACGGUUUCUACCACCUGGUAAGACCGUAUAGUGGGACGGUAGCGCAAUACGUCCACUGGCCCGGAAGCCUAUCCCAAGAUGAUUUGUCCUGCUCCUGCGGCGAUUCUAUAGCUGAAGCCUUGACUCGUUCGUGCCGCUAUGACACCCUCUCCGCAGCCUGGCUACCACCACACUGCCGGGACGACGAAUUGACUGCACGAUUCGACGCCGCAGGCCCAGGUGAUGGUGGGGCCUGGACAUACUACGCAGAUCAAUCGGGAAAUUCUACAAUGACACUGGCGGAGAUCGCUCAAUUGCCGGGAAAUGACACCCAUGAGUUUUUCUACAUGACCUACCGUUGGCACGUGUUCCAUUGUAGCUUUUAUUGGCGGAAGCUACACCGCAUGGUGCAUGGAGUAGAAGGAGCAGCGAAGAGGAUUGAGUAUCGGUCUGACAGCGAGUCUCAUAUCGACCAUUGUGAGGGGAUAUUUACGCUCAAUUAUCCACUGGACGCUAUUGCGACGGGGAGUGGUGUGAGUUUAAACGCCGAUAGGAUUCCCAACAUUCAUGAAUGA